CACGGUCAGUGACACCUGCUCCUUAGCUUGGCGCCUCUCUGAUUCAGAAGCUGAUCGAGCGCUGUCCAGCGUCCCCGGAGUACGGUGCGCCCUGUUUGGGGCCCCGCCCGCCUCAAGCCCACUUUCCCUUUAACAUCAAACCCCCCAAUUCCCCGGCUCCCCGGGAGCCCCCUCCCUCCACGGGCCGCGCCGAUUGGCUAAACCGAUGACUUCACUCUAGAGCCCGCCCCGGGCUGGGGGAAUGAAGCGCCAGUCAGGUCUCCGCAGCAGACUGGAAAGCAGGCUGUCCCUCGGUUCUGUGCGCCUCACCUUGGCGCGGCCCAGCCCGGCCCUGCCCCACUCUGUCCCAUUCUAUCCCAUCCACUCCCAGCGGUCCAGGCUCAGCUGCCCAAACCCAGAGUGCCGCGCAGCGCCCUGGGUGUGGGCCCCGCAGCCCGGUAGCCCAAGCCUGAGCCCCAGCGGCUCCCUCCCUUCUUCCUUCGGAGCCCCAGCCAAGCCGCCAAGACGCCGCGCGCGGUGCUCCGAGUCAAAAAUGGGGCGGCUAAGCUGGCCAAACCGCCGGCGGCCGAGGCGCCCGGGGCCGGUCCUCCUGGGCUCUACAUGGAGCGCUCUCAGAGCCGCCUCAGCCUGUCCGCCUCCUUCGAGGCACUCGCCAUCUACUUCCCCUGCAUGAACUCCUUCGACGAAGAGGACGCUGAUGGGGAUGGCCGAAGGCUAAAAGGAGCUAUCCAGCGAAGCACAGAGACUGGCCUGGCUGUGGAGAUGCCCAGUCGGACCUUGCGUCAAGCCAGCCAUGAAUCUAUUGAGGACAGCAUGAACAGCUAUGGCUCGGAGGGCAAUCUUACCUAUGGAGGUGUGUGCCUCGCAUCUGAUGCCCAGUUCAGUGACUUCCUGGGCAGCAUGGGGCCUGCACAGUUUGUGGGACGUCAGACCUUAGCCACUACAUCUAUGGGAGAUGUGGAGAUCGGGCUGCAGGAGAGGAAUGGGCAGCUUGAAGUGGACAUCAUCCAAGCUCGGGGUCUAACAGCCAAGCCAGGCUCCAAGACCUUGCCAGCCGCCUACAUCAAAGCAUACCUGCUGGAAAAUGGUGUGUGCAUUGCCAAGAAGAAGACCAAAGUGGCCCGCAAGUCUCUGGAUCCCCUGUACAAUCAGGUGCUCCUGUUCCCUGAAAGUCCUCAGGGCAAAGUAUUGCAGGUGAUUGUCUGGGGCAACUACGGACGGAUGGAACGGAAGCACUUCAUGGGAGUGGCAAGGGUGCUUUUGGAGGAGCUGGACUUGACCAACCUGGCCGUAGGCUGGUACAAGCUCUUCCCCACAUCAUCCAUGGUGGACCCCGCCACUGGCCCGCUACUCCGCCAGUCUUCUCAGCUGUCCCUGGAGAGCACCGUGGGGCCCUGUGGGGAGCGCUCGUAGUGGCUGAACUUGGGGAGGGGUCGCCCAGGGACCAUGCCUGGAUUUGGAACUCCUGGCACUUCAGAUGGAAGCAGAUAGGGCUCCCUCCCAAGGAGGGGAGACCUACUCCGUGGGCUCCUCCCCACCCCUUGUUUGGCCCCCUUCCCCACCCUGAGGCCUUCCCUCUAUCAGAGCAAUUAGCUUUACCUUUGACUUGGUCACUUCCAGGCCCUCCAGAUUUUGGAGUGGGCCUAUUGUUCAACCUCUCCGUGUUUUUUGUGUCCUCCUGGGAGCUAGUUGCCUGGAGCUGUCUCCACUAUCCUAGGCCCGGGGCCUGCCUUCCCUCUAGUGCCCAUCUACCAGCAAGUGUCUUUCUUGUGGCACUAGGCUCCAGCGGCUGCAUACCCUGCCUGCAGCCAGUUUGACAGGAGCCCAGGGAGUUUCCAGGGAGGAUGGUAGAGCCAGUCUUUGCUCAAGGCCAUCUGGAUCCUGGAGAGGCCCCAGAACAUCAAGGCAGCCUGGAGACUCUGCCCGUCGGUCAUCAGGGGCGUCACCUCCUCUCGACUGAGUACCUCCUUCUAGGCAUACAUCCUCCUCUGAGGCCAGGAAUUGUUGGCACAGCUCUUCGGAUGUCAGGCCUGACCCGUGAUGACUCAGGAUGUAGAUGGUGCCUCCUUUCUACAAGGAAAAGAUCUCCCUCCUGGGAGCUAGGAGGCAAGGGCCUCAGUCCUGACUUAGCCACUUGGUAGCUCUGUGUGACCCUAAUGAAUCACCUCCCUUCUUCGGAUCUGUUUCCUCUUUUUAAAAUGAGGGGUUCGGACUAGACGAUCUCAAAGACCUUCCAUUGUAGGGCUCGGGGAUGCCUUUAUUUAGUGUCCAAAAGGAGAUCCUUUUCCUCAACAGCAGAGCACUUGGAUAGCUUCAGGGAAGGGGACUGCUGCUGCCCAUCUCCUCACCUUCAGAUCCUGGGGAUUCGUGUCUCAACUUGGAAGCAACUGAGACGAAGGGAACGCUAUCUCUCCGCUCUGCUCUUGGCAGAGGCUGGAUAGAACUGGGCUGAACUUGCUAGAUUUCCUGAGGUCUCGGCCUGUUUGCUACAAGCCUGGUCCAUCCCUAGAUGGGUCUGAGUGGGCUAAGCCAAGAUGUCAAGGGAGGCAGAAUUGGGAGAAGCUAGGGCUGAAGGUGUAGCCAAGGCAUUCCAUGCCAGCCAUGGACUCUAUAUCCCAGGGACCUGGGACAGUCUGUUGGAGAAGAACCCCCUCUGUUUGAUGCCCUUGGGCUCCAUAGGUCAUCUGGUCCAGCCUGUUGCCUCUGGGCAACCUCUUCUUUGAGGUCUCUAAGGCCAGAGAACCUCAGUUUGACUUUUUAACAAACACACACAAAGACCAUCCUGAAACAGGUGAACUAGAUGCAAAAGAAUCAUUUAUGUGGACUCUAGGAAAGCAAAAAAAUAGAUGAGAGAAAAAGAGAAAGGGCCAAACUAUUGGAUAUUUCCUUCUUUCUCUCUUCCUCCCCUCCCUUCCUUUCCCCUAUUUCUAGCUGCAUGAGGGUUUGGCUCUGUGUCCUGGUGCUCCCAGUUCCAGGUCUGGCUCACUGGCCUGACCCCUGACCUAGCCAGGGGAUAAUGUUGAGCAAAUUGUUGCAUACUGGGUAGGAACUCUCUUUAACGAAGCACAUUCCUGCCUCCUUUCCCAGGGAGGGCCCCUUCCCCUUCCCUUCUCUUCCCAGCACCACCUCAGUGUUGAGCCUGGUCCCCCUUCCUCAUCUCCCCCAUCCCUGGCAUGAAGGGACUGGUCCAGAGCAGGGCAUUUCCCUAACCUCUCAUAUUCAUAAAGUCCAAGGAUGGGGAACAUAAAAUCCAUUCCAAAUGUGGAGAAUGAUGGGCCAAAUGGGCUGGACAGGGAAGGGUUGGAUGCUGUCUAACCCUCUUCUUUUCUCCCGGAUGGCCCCAGAGGCAGCAGGUCUGUCUUUUCCUCUAGAACUUUGAGGACUGAGUGGGGGCUGGGGAGGAGUUGAUCAAAUCCUCCUAGUUUCAUGAUUUCUAAGUUUGGCUGCUGGGGCUGGUCCCUUGGGGGUAGUUUUGCCCAUCUGGCUUCUCUCUCCCACCUGGCCCAAAGAGGUUUUACUGGGGGUAUGGAAUUAUAUAGUGUUAUUUAUUCAUGUUAAUACUCUUCUUAUGAUUACACAUUUACAAAAUCUCCCUCAGCUCCUGGGCUAGGCUUGAGCCCUGAUGACUGGCCAAGGACAGGCCAGGACACUCAGAACAUGGGUUCUAGGCCACAUUUCUUUUAGGGGGUUGGAGAAAAAGUUCAAGGAUUCCUUUUAAAUUGGACUGGGGGAAGCAAUAGAGGCAACUUAUCCUAUUGAGCCUCAAUUUGCUCUUUUGCAAAAUUCAGGACUUGAGACUAGAUCGUCUCAAAGGUUCCUCUCACUAAAUCUCAGAUCCUGUGGCUCUCCAUCAUGUUUGGGGUGACUUGCAAUUGGAGUGGGAGGCUAUGAGGCCUUGGGCCUGGGGUUCAGGUCUAAUGCCCUAUUCUCUUAAUACCAAAGCCAAUAGAGCUGGGCUUUCCUAUCCCAAUUGCUAAGGGCUUCUGGUUUCUCCUGGCUCAGUCCUUUAGCCAGAUUGGGGUAGCAGGAAGGGGUGAGAGAACUUUUCCAGUCCUGGGCUAAUGGAAUAGAGAUGGAAGGGGCUCCCUAACCUAAGACCUUGGGGAAGGAGACUUCAACAUUUCCCCCAGGGUAGCUUCUGAGAUGGGAACGUCGUUACAGGUGAGGAAAGGGGGCAAGGUUAAGAGAGUUUGUGGUACAGUAGAAAUCUGAGGUUCUUGUGAAAAAAAGAUUUCUUUCUUGUCUGUUUAUUUCUCACUGUUAAUAGCUAAUGCCCCCUCUUCCCUGGCUGGAGAUUACUCUGGGUUCUUUCUGGCCCACCAGCCCUGGCAGGUAGGGCUUCAAGGCCAGACUAAGACCUGGGGUCAGAAUGCAUCUGUGGUCUCAGGACUGACCUAACCAUAGUGAGAACUUUCAGACAACAGCAAUUCUCAAAGACACAGCCGUAAAGGGAGGCUGGAUGAUGCUGUAGUCCCUGGCAGGAAGAGAAUAAUCAUUGACCCCUGAUGCAUUGAAAUAGCAACUGCUGGAACCAGGAGACUUCUCUUGGAACCGUGUGGCCCAUGUACAGAUCAUGGCCAUUUUUUCUAAAGAAGAGAAGAACUGUCUGGGGCUGCCAGGAGGAAGAGCUGCCUGAGGCUGCCAUGGGGCCAAGCCCUUCUCUGGAGCACCAGAAGUUCUCACCCCCCAGCCCCAGGCUGAAAAGAAGGCAGGGGCAGGGGAGACCUGUGUGAAGGGAAUUCCUAGGGGGCAGUGAAGUGGCCUCAUCACUUUCCCCUCCAGACCUUGGUGUUGAGGAAGAGGACUUGACCAAGUUCUCCUCCCUUCUGUCUCCUACCAAGGCCUAUUUUGUGAAAGAGACUGGGUACGAAGCAAUAAUCCAUCCAGAGGUGGGGUGGGGGCCACGGCCUCAGGACCCCCUCCUCCCGCUGCUUUUCUUGUUCCUUCUGUGAAAUAACUGGCCUCCUGGAGGGGCCUUGAGUUGUAUCCUUAUCUCCUGUCCCCCCAUCCCCACUAUUAAUGGUCCAUUCCUGUUGGUGUGUCCUGAGUGUGUUCUGUGCUGGGGUGUAUGUAGGGGUGGGGUGGGGUAGUAAACUUUUUGUUAAACUGUAGUUUUCGGAGAGACUCUGUAUGAACUUGGCUCCUACUUGGGACCCAAGGAGGUUCUGGCUGCCACCCUGUCAUGUCCCGUCUGUCCAUCCUUCUGACACUUUGGCAGUAGAAAAAGACUGGUCCCCUAGGGUGGGAUGAACUCUGUCCCCAGAGCUGGGCAGACUUCUCCCAGUUGUCUGGGCCAGGCCCCAAGUGGGGAAUAAAUAGAAUGUGGCUUCUCUACAUUAAAGAGAAUAAUACUAGUAAUAAUAAUGAUAAAUAAUAAUAGUUGACAUUUCUAUAGCACUUUCUAAUUUACAAAGCGCUUUACAUCCAUUAUCUCAUCCAAUCUGUAUAACCCUGUGACAUAGAUAGUGCAAGUAAUACAAUCCCCUGUUUUACAGAUGAGGAAACUGAGGCUUGCAGAGACCUAAUUUGACAAUUCAGGUCACUGGUAGAGUAGCAGUCUACAUGUCAGUCUUCUGAGCAUGAACUGAGCAGAGGGGUUGAGCCCCUGGGGUGAUGAGGUCCCCAGGUCUAUUUUUCUCUUAGUCUGCAGACCUUCUGGGGCCCCCAGGAAGCCAAACCAGGAGUGACUCAUGUUCUAUCUUGUCUCCUGGGGAUGCUGAUGGGUUCUCCCUAGGUGGCAGUUGAGAUCUCUAGCUAGAAGGAAUCAGGUAUGAGAAGUUUCUCAGGCUAUAGAGAGAACACCAACUGCAACCAUUCCUUAGCUUUGGAGUGAGCACCCUUGCCCAGGAGUUACCUCUAGCCGGAUCUGCAGAGGACAGGAGAAGGUACCUUCAGUUGGGUCUGGAAAUACUCAUCUUUCCUCACAUUUGUACAGCACUUUAAACUUUUCAAAGAGUUUUCCUGCUUAUUCUUGUGAUCCUUCUCCAUAUGUUAGGCAUUAUUUCCAUUUUUAUGAGGGGGAAACUGAGUCUCAGAGGAAUUAAAGCUAAUCGGUGUCCUAUAGUGAUUCAAUAUCAGAACCAGGACAAGGCCUCAGGUCUUGUGCAUCAUGCCCAUUGAUGCCUUGAGUGGAGACCUGGGAGAAUGACCCAAGCCUAGGAAAUAAGGAUUUCUGAAAACUAAAGGCCAGGCCAAAGCAGCUACCUUCAGGUCAUGCUGUUAUUGUAAUGCAAUUCAUUGUUGGGAUUUGAAUUUAGUUGGAGAAUCUACAUGUCCUCUGAGGACCCUCCCAACUCCUGGUCCAUGAGCUGGGUUUGAAUAUCAGCUGUGCUACUUACUACCUAUGACCUUGGUUAAUCACUUUAACCUCCCUGGACCUCAGUUUCCUCCUCAGAAAAAUUAGUAGGUUGGACUAGGUGAUCCCUUUCAGCUCCAAAUCCUAUGAUUCCCCCAAGUCAAGACUGUGCAGGGCUUUUCAAAAUAGCAUACAGGUCCCUUGGACUGGUGGUAGCACCACCUGUACCACUUGGGGGUGGCAGUGCUUGGGCAUAGUGAUCAUUUUUAUUUUGCCUAGGCUGGAAGGCCGCUGAGUAGCUGCUUGGCUGGCCCCUUUUGCCCCCCAUAAGUCCCACAGCAAUAGAAGUUUUUUAGUUAAUAAGUGUGGGAAAAAAUCCAGUCAGCACCAAUGGGUGUUGGGUAGGAUUGGACCAAUUCACACCAAGUGGACCACAUACACACACACACACACACACACACACACACACACACACACACACACACAGAGUUCAGAUCAAAAGCAUCUCACAGUGAGGCUGGAUCACCUUGCUAGACCAGGUGCAGCCGGUGUGCACCAAGGCUCUGUUCAUCCCAUCUGAUGGAUCAGAGGCACUUCAUUCCCCAUGUGGGACUGAGGUCAGACCACCCUUCCUGCCCUGUGGAGCUGACUGACCCCUCUUCGGUAGGAAAGGGCUCUCUAAGCCAGGCAGGUUAAAGUCAGCGGGAUGUCUCAAAGCGAGUUGGCAGAGGUGAGCUUCUGAAUGAAUGAACCCAGAGUCAAUGAGGUCAUCAAGAUGCAGGGACAAGUGUGCUGUGCUGGGAGUUAGUGCACCUGGGUUUUCAAUUCAGCUGUGCUGCUUAUUACCUGGGUGAUCUUGUGCAAGUUACUUAUCAACUUGGCUUCAGUUUCCUCAUCUGUAAAAUGGGUUAGAUGAGAUGACCUCAAAGGUUUCAUUCAGCUUAAUUUGAUUCUAUGGACCCUCAUCAUAGCACUGGAGUGCAGUUUAUAGCUCCAGGGGUUCCCCAUUUUAAACAAAGAUCCAUAUUUUUGGAUAAUACUUUGUCUCUCAGCUUCAAGUUUUGGAUCUAAUCAAUUUUCCCUCUCACGUGAGCCUCGUCACACCCCGGUGAUCGCACUCAUCUUAUAGCUGAGGAAAACGAGGGCCAGAGAAAGGGCAUGACUUACUCAUAGUCAUACAAGUUAAUGGCAGAGCUGGGACUCAAACCUAGGUCCCUUGACAAAUUAAGGAAGGAUUAGAAAGAAGUCUUCACUUCAUGAAAGUCCAGCUCACUGUUGAGAUUCUUGAAAAGGAGAUCUUUUGGGUAUGAUUCCAUUUACAAAGCUCUUUUACACUGUUCUCCACAGAAGCACAGUUGUUACAUAAAGCAAGGACCACCUGCAUUUAUUUAUUGAGUCUGACACUGUGCCACCCGUCCUGCCUCCCCCCAUACUUCCCAGCAGCCCAAUGGCUCCCAGAGGGCUUCCUUGGAACGCUGAGGAAGCCUUGUUACCAGUCUGUAGAUGCCUGGGUCCCUAAGAUGGAAGAUUUUCAGUAGAUAGGGUGAUCCACCCUCUCACCAUGAAUCCACCUCACUCCAGGAGCAGGUUGUUUUUGGUCCUGGGGUGGAAAGGACUUGCUGGGAGGUUUCUUUGUCAGGCAAAGCUGGGCCAAGUGGCAAAAGUUUUGGAAUGGGGUCCAGGCCCCUAGGUUGCAGUGUCUUAUGUUGAGCUCAUGUAAAUCAUGUUGAAAAAAAUUAAAACAUGUUUUUGUUUUUUUCUAAA